CUUAUAUGAAAAGGGAGUAAUAAGUUGUAUCAAACCUUGUCUCAGGAGAAACCAUUUCGAAUAUGUAGAAUUUGAGAUCAAUUUGCUAUAACGUCUUAAUGCGAUUCUCCUAAUGAAUUUGUGAUAAUGGUUUGACUGUAUUAUCAUUCAUGAUAUCUCUGAAAACUUCGUAUUAUUUGCUGAAAAAUCAAACAAGCAAUGAAUAACAUUUGGAAAAAGCAAUAACUAAAUGGAUUUCGUCAAAGUUUCGUUGUCCCUGUCUUAAAAGUUGAAAGCGAUUUUGUCUUACUCAUGCUGCCAUAGAAGAAAUAGUUUUGGCUACAAUAAAUCAGAACCGAUUUUUAUGACCUAAAAGUUAUGUGAUAUUUGGACUCAGGCUAAAAUUAUUCUAGUUGACUUUCUAUUGAGUAGGUUGAAAAACUCGAACGUUAGUAAAUUUAUAGACAGACCAUUUUCAUAUUAAGUACCGAAGGAAAAUAAAAAAUAGAUAACUAUGAUCACUUAAAGGCGUAAGUGUUAACCAUUUAAGAAACACUCAGAACAAAUAAAAAAUGAAUGAAUAGAAAUAAAAUAAAAAAAUGAGUGGGGAUGAUCGUUCCUCCUCAAAAAUAAGGAAGAAUAAUUUUGUUUUGUUAUUUUCUACAAAAAAAAAAUGAUAAAAAAUAGAAAGAAAAAUUAAUUCUUUAUGAAUGAUGUAUUUUUAUGGGAACCAAUUGAAUGUUUCUUCUCAAGAGAGUCACCAGUCAUACCUUACUAUAUACAUGUAUACAUAUAUGCAUAUAUAAUACAUAUAUAAUAUUUGGAAUGAACAAAAUUUAUGUUAAGGAAUCGCAACGCAGUAAAAGAAAAAAGAUUUGUUGAUUAAUAAAACAUAUAACCAGAUAUCUAACUUGGAUCAAUAAUUGAAACUAGUUUAAAUGAAUUAUUAAUAAAUUAAUCACGUUUUAAAAGAGAAAGAUGCUAAUAUAUGGGUUAUCGUUGAUGAUAAAAUUUUAUAAAAUAAUGAGACAAAAUUAAUCAUUCUCCAUUAACUUAAAAUUGUUACUGCUUCCAUAUAAUAUGGACAUAAGAACAAAUAUAUUGUUUAGUAAAACUGAAACCUUGUAUUGUGUAGUUGUAAACUUCAUGGAUAAGCUUUCAUUAACGAUAGGUUGUAUAAUAGGGAAUGGCUUUACAGCUGAACUGUGGUGUAAGAACUAGUGUUAUAGCUUUUUAGACCAGGUGGGUCCAACUUCUAUUGAAAAUUUGGGAACUCUUAAGACAAGCAGUGUCUUUUAUGUGCUUUCGGUGUGUGUCUUGUUAGUUUUCUUCUGAUUUUACACUACAAUAUACAAUCCGUAUUUUACUUAAUUUGCCCAAUGGUUCAAAACAUUGUGCUAUAUAUAUUCAUUGCUCCACAACCAUUCAACACUCUACCAACUUCCCCUUCCUUAAUCGUUCUUCUAAGCUAAUUACUUGCUAAUCCCUUUUAAUUUCUUAUAUAGCUAGUUUCCUACUUAAAGUCAGAUCACCCUUUUCUUUAUUCAGCGUCUUUGACCCCUAGCAAUUACCUCUUCUUCAUAUUCAAACUCCAGUGUACACUCUUCGCUAUUUUUUUCCAAUUUUAACCUUACUUUUGUGUUUAUUGUUUCUCUCUAGUUAGAUAUUAAGAAGGGAAAUUUCGUUAAUUUCGGUUUGAUCUUUUUGUAAUUAUGAGGUUUCUUUCCGACAAUGAUCUUAUUACAAAAAGAAUGCAAUCAACAUGAGUUUGCAACCUAACCUUUUCUUAAGAACAAUCCAGUGUCAAAAAGUUUAUAUUUCUGGAUAUUCCAAAUAUUUAGUAGUUUUUGAUCGCUACAACUAUCUUGUAUUGCAAGCAACAAGUGUGAAUUAUGCAAAUGGGAAGUUCAUCUUUACCUCCAGGAUUUAGAUUCCAUCCAACAGAUCAGGAGCUCAUAGGCUAUUAUUUAAGUAGAAAGAUAGAAGGUCUUGAGAUCGAGCUUGAAGUCAUUCCUGUUAUCGAUUUAUACAAAUUCGAUCCUUGGGAGUUACCAGAUAAGUCUUUCCUUCCAAACAGAGAUAUGGAAUGGUUCUUUUUCUGUCCUAGGGACAAAAAGUAUCCAAACGGUUUCCGAACCAAUAGGGCUACAAAAGCCGGAUACUGGAAACCGACCGGUAAAGACCGGAAAAUCACUUGUAGAUCGUCGGGUGUUAUAACCGGAUACCGGAAAACACUAGUUUUCUACGAAGGUCGUGCCCCAUUGGGCGAGAGAACUAACUGGUUCAUGCAUGAAUAUCGUCUAAAUCAUGACGAUCUUUCUCAAAAAUCACCAAAAUUCAAGGGAGCUUUCGCAUUAUGUCGUGUAGUUAAGAAGAACCAACUUAAGACUAAAACCUUGAAAAAUAAAGAAGAACAAGCAGUUGGCUCCGGUUGCUCUAGCCUUGCGACUUCUCCCUGUCGAGAUGGAACGCUGCAGUUUCAAUCAUUCAACCCUUCUUCUUCUACUACAAACAAAUCUUCUAGCAUGUGGAUAUCUCCUGAUUUCAUCCUUGAUUCCUCCAAGGAUUAUCCUCAAAUUCAGGAGGUUGCUUCUGAGUACUUUCCCAAAUUUCAUUUUCCAGUCAAUGCAGCCAACCAUCACGUGGGACUUCGCGAGAGUUCUUCUUAUUUGAACGUUGAUCAGGACAUUGACCAAUCAAUGCAAACUGGUUAUUGGCCAGAUUAUGAAUACGACCAAACGGGUUCAUUCGGUUACUCAAACCUUUUCUAGAUAGAAGGUAAUGUGUUGGUCUCUCUUCUGAACUAAAACGCCUUUUAACGUUGGAGUCCUGGAAGAAGAGUUUCAUAAAAAACAAAGCAGCAACUAGACAAGACAACAUAGAGUUGACUUCUAAAUCGUGUUCCUUUACAAUAUAAUUAUAUUGGUUGCUUUUGAUUUUGUUUUUUGUUUUUAUAUUACUAAUGAAUAUAUUGUAUGCUCUGUGGGAUGACUAUAUUUAAACAUCCUAAUUUGUAAAACUUUAAAAGAUGAUAUUGUAGUCUUAUUUUUAUGUUCCGAAAUA